AUGAAACUCCGUGACCUGGCGAGCUUCAACGCAACAGACAGGCUUCUGUCUCGCCAAGGACGCUGGGCUGGACGAGGAUUGGCGGGAGGAGAGGCCAAGGCGAUGGCCGAGAAAGAGCUCAAGGGCGAUGCGGAGUGGCUUAAAGGGGGAAAGUGGGCUCUGUACGAGCAUGUCGUGCGUUUGAUCGGCCGGCAGCUCGCAUGA